CUCGUUUCCUCCCAGCUGUGCCAGUGCCUGUGUUCGCCGGUUUGGGGGGACAGAUCACCAUGUCUUGUCACACAACUUUGUAAUCUCGUAGUGAUGGUUCGUGGUGCUCAUUGUGUGUCGGUAGGGAAGAUUUAAUUUCACGAUGCCGCAGACAAGAUCAUCCAGGAAGGCCCAGGACAGAUCUGCAAUGAGCAACGCCCACUGUUCAUUCCUUCCGUUCCUUUCCUAUCCCCACUGUUGAGACCAUGUCGUCACUUCAUCAUCUCAUCAUGGAUCCAGCCUGUAACCAUUUCGCCCUUAAAAAAAGAUACUACUAGGGGUUGAUUAAUAAUAGAUAGAUGCACACAGACAAAAAUAGAAAAAGUCAGCUGUUGCAGUGGCGUGGUUCGUUUUGCGGUGGGAGGGGAAGGGAGGGGACAUAUAAGGACAAGUGCGUUUCCAGCAGCAUACGGCGCCCGGAUACGGAUAGAGCUAUAGAUGGAUCACGCAUUCAGGCCCUGAUGCGAGCGCUCCCCCCGCCAUUUCCUUCAACUUCUGCUAAAUAGCCUAAUACCCCCAUCGGCCGAUCGGCUCCUCUACCUGCAUUUGCCGAUUGGCGUCUUCCUCGUCAACGACCAGAUCCAUCCCCUCUCCACCCGGGGACGGGGGGUCUAGAACGUCGUCAGGUCGUCCUUAUCCGCGUGCUGGCCUUCGGAUUUCGGCUGCCGCGUUGGUUUAACACAAACCACGCGUCCAUGCCUGCCGCUUCCGCAGGCUCCAUGCCACUGCCACCUGGGUGGGUUUUCUUUCCGGGGGCACAUCACACAUGGCGUCCGUCCGCGUAGGCACAGAAGGCUUCUCCUGGAGGUGUGGGAGCUGAGUUGGGAGGAGGACUGCUGCUGCAGCCAUGAAGGCCCUCAUUCUCGUCGGAGGCUUCGGCACCCGCCUGCGCCCGCUCACGCUCAGCGUGCCCAAGCCGCUCGUGGAUUUCGGCAACAAGCCCAUGAUCCUGCACCAGAUCGAGGCUCUGAAGGAAGUUGGUGUUACAGAGGUUGUCCUGGCCAUCAAUUACCAGCCUGAGGUCAUGCUCAACUUUCUCAAGGACUUCGAGAGCAAGCUUGGCAUCAAGAUCACCUGCUCGCAGGAGACGGAGCCCCUCGGGACCGCAGGCCCGCUGGCCCUGGCCCGCGACAAGCUCGCCGACGGAUCCGGCGACCCUUUCUUCGUGCUCAACAGCGACGUGAUCAGCGAGUACCCGUUCGCCGAGCUCAUUGAGUUCCACAGGGCCCACGGCGGCGAGGCCACGAUCAUGGUGACCAAGGUCGACGAGCCGUCCAAGUACGGCGUGGUGGUCAUGGAGGAGGGCACCGGCAAGGUGGAGCGGUUCGUGGAGAAGCCCAAGGCGUUCGUGGGCAACAAGAUCAACGCCGGCAUCUACCUGCUCAACCCGUCCGUGCUCGGCCGCAUCGAGCUGAAGCCGACGUCCAUCGAGAAGGAGGUGUUCCCGCGCGUCGCGGCGGACGGGGCCCUCUUCGCCAUGGUUCUCCCGGGUUUCUGGAUGGACAUCGGGCAGCCGAGGGACUACAUCACGGGCCUGCGCCUGUACCUGGACUCGCUGCGGAAGAAGGCGCCCGCCAGGCUCGCGUCGGGCGCGCACGUCCUGGGCAACGUGCUGGUGCACGAGACCGCGGUCAUCGGGGACGGCUGCCUCAUCGGGCCCGACGUCGCGGUCGGGCCAGGCUGCGUGGUGGAGGCCGGGGUGCGCCUGUCCCGCUGCACCGUCAUGCGCGCCGCGCGCGUCAAGCAGCACGCCUGCGUCUCCAGCAGCAUCAUCGGCUGGCACUCCACCGUCGGCAAGUGGGCGCGCGUCGAGAACAUGACCAUCCUCGGCGAGGACGUCCACGUCUGCGACGAGAUCUACAGCAACGGCGGCGUCGUGCUCCCGCACAAGGAGAUCAAAUCCAGCAUCCUCAAGCCCGAGAUCGUCAUGUGAUCCGGGAGUAAAUCUGGGGCGCCAAAUCCAAAUCACAAGGGGCCCUUGCAUUGCAUUGCAUUGCAUCGCAUCGCAUCCCAUCCCAUCCCGAUAUGCUUCAUACUUUUGUUGUUUGAUUUUUUGCUCGGUUGUUUGUCUGCAAGUGUAACCAGUUGUCGAGUGUUUAAUUUGUCGGCUAUAUAGACUAUUUUCAAGUUUCGCUCCGUGCUUGUAGAUAGGUAUCAGUCGUCUAUCAGAUGAGUGGAAAUAACAACUUCUCUUCGUAUACUACAA